AUGCGUCAGCGCAAUGCACUUCUCCCGUCUCUGUCGUCCGCGACGCACUUGUCUCCGAGCAGCUGUCCCUGUCUCUCCGAGGGCGCGCGCGACCUUCGCGUCUCCCGUCCCGCUCCCACCGCGCCGGAUCACGCAUUUGAGGAACGACAUGCUGCGAGCGGCGAGUUGCGAGCGGAGCACAUCUCACUGCGCCAAGGUUACGUAGUAGGGGCGGCGACCGGCGCGGCACGGCGAGACGACUAUGACGUCACGGGCGCCGGAAACGCUUGUCCGCUUCAUAGUUACGGUUACAUUUUGAGUUUAGAAGAAAGUGUUCCAUUCCGCGUGGGC